AUGGCCACACGAAUUCCCUUUGACGAGUACUAUUGGGAAGAAUACCUGUCGGGGCAAAAGGCGUCCCUCCCAGCCCUCCCUACGCUGACGCAGCUCACACCAAGGGUGACUCGGCUCCUGGCCGGGAACCCAGGAAUCAUGCAAUUGCAAGGCACGAACACAUACCUGGUCGGCACGGGGCCAGCGCGGAUCCUGAUCGACACGGGGGAAGGCCGACCGAUCUGGCACAGCAUGCUGGUAGAGUAUCUCCGAGUACACAACCUGACGCUAGAAUACGUGCUGGUGACGCAUUGGCACGGCGACCAUGUGGGUGGAAUUCCAGACUUGAUCGCGCAUGAUCCGACGCUGCAGUCGCGCAUCUACAAGCAUCGCCCGGACCGAGGCCAGCUGCCCAUCGCAGACGGGCAACGGUUCACUGUAGUAGGCGCGACGGUGCGCGCGAUAUUCACGCCCGGCCACGCGGUAGACCAUAUGUGCUUCGUGAUCGAGGAGGAGAAUGCCAUUUUCACGGGGGACAACGUGCUGGGCCACGGUUUCUCCGUCCUACAGGACUUGGCCGAGUACAUGGCAAGUCUCGCGCGCAUCGCGGCGCUCGGCUGUGAGAGAGGCUACCCAGGCCACGGAGCGGUCAUCGAGGAUCUACCCGCCAAGAUGCAGCUGUAUAUCCGUCACAACGAGGCGCGUGUGCAGCAGGUCAUCGCCGUGCUAGCGGAGAGUAUGAAGCUCCCCGGAAAACGGAGCGGCAUGACCGUCCCCGAGAUAGGACAGGCCAUAUAUGGGGAGGUACCCGGGGAGAUCAUCGAGAAUGCAAUCGUGCCCUUCCUGUCGCAGGUCUUAUGGAAACUGGCCGAGGACCGAAAGGUUGGCUUUGAGCCAGGCGAGACGAGUAAACGGCGGUGGUUUGAAUUGGUAUCACAGUAA